GCUGCAUCUGGUGCAAAAGUGAAAAGAGAACUUCGCUAGCAGAUCACUUGACGGUUACUCUACAAAUUCGUGCCUGCGCAAUACAGCUCUUGCCUCAAUGAAAAAUGAUUUAUGGACUUUUUGGCUCUGUUUUUAUUUGAUGCCCAACAUUUGAUGAAGCCCCUCUUAGCUAAUAACAGGGUGAUGAAUCUGCUUGGAAAGGCCAGCAUUACGUUUACAGAAAACCUCUGACCAUCGAAUAACAACCAUUCCUCUCGUGUAAACGAUGAAACAGUUCAUCAUUGGAAUUAGUGGUAUAACAAAUGGUGGGAAAACAACCCUCGCUAAUAGGCUUCUGAAAGUUCUGCCAAACUGUACUCUAAUUUGCCAGGAUGACUAUUUUAAGCCUGAUUCAUACAUCGAAACAGAUGAAAAUGGAUUUAAACAGUUUGAUGUGAUUGAGGCUUUAGACAUGGAAACAAUGAUGGCAGCUGUACAUUCCUGGAUAAAGCAAUCUCAAGAUACCCUGACUGUGGACGAAAAUAAAGAAAUGCACCAUGCUUGUGAGAAAAAAGCAUACUUUUUAAUAGUUGAAGGGUUUCUUUUAUACCACUACAAGCCUCUGGAAAAUGUGUUGAAUAGAAAAUACUUCCUAAUCAUUCCAUAUGAGGAAAGCAAAAAGAGAAGAAGUCAGAGAAUUUAUAAUCCACCAGACCCACCAGGUUAUUUUGAUGGACAUGUGUGGCCUAUGUAUCUGAAGCACAAGAAGGAAAUGGAAGAAGCUAAUAAUGAAAUUGUAUAUUUGGAUGGAACCAAAUCAGAAGAGGAAAUACAGUCUUCAGUCUAUGCUGAUAUAAUAAAUAGCUUCUCGGUUCACAAGGAAAGCUAUUAAAAGGAAAAGAAAGUGUGUGCCGCCUUCUCUAGGAUAUAUUCAUUUAGUGUAAAAAGGCAUCCAGAAAACCAAAGUCCCAACACAAUGUAUGGAGAGUCCUGAAGAAAAGAAUAGGAAUAUGUUUGAAGAUGAUAUUGAACUGUUGUAAGGAAUCUUAUGGGGCACAUUUACUAUUGGUCGAAUAUCGAGGGUUAAUUAACCUUCGAUAUUUGACCAUCGAAGUUAAAUCCUUCGACUUCGAAUAUCGUAGUCGAAGGAUUUACCGCAAUUCGUUCGAACGAUCGUAGCAAAAAUCGAACGAUUCGAAGGAUUUUAAUCCAUCGAACGAACGGUUUUCCUUCGAUCCCAAAUUGCCUAAAAAUCCUAUGGGGACCUUCGAAAUUCUAAGUAUUUUUUAUUCUAAUCCUUCACUCGAGCUUAGUUAAUGUGCCCCUAUGAUUUUGAAUACCCCAUUUUACUCACAAUCGACAAACUCAAAGCAAUGGAUUCUGUUGCUAAACUGUGCAUGCUACAUUACAAUGCAUAUUACGAAGGCAAAAUAUACGUUUGACUUCACUGGCACUACGUGUUUCAAAAUGGAAAAUUAUUUCCUCAUGCUGUUGAAAUAUUUUAUAGUGAAGUUCUGAAGUAAAGAAAAUUUAUUUUUUUAAUUUACAUGAUUAAUUUUAUUAAAGAAGACAUAUAUGCUUAAUUUGAGGCAAUAAUGAAUACUAUAUGGUGCUGGUUUUACUUUGGGCUUAAUAUUAUAAUUAACUUUAAAAAAUGGCCCCUUUAUUGGAGCCCUAUAGAUCUGCCACUGUCCCUGUUUCAAAUGAGGGUGGGCAUGUCCUAACUGUCCCUGCCAGAA